AUGGGCGAAUCGCGCAGCGAACUCGUAGCAUGGGUCAACGACCUGCUGCAGAUCAACUACACCAAGAUCGAGCAGUGUGGCACGGGCGCGGCCUACUGCCAAAUCAUGGACUCUAUCUACGGCGACAUGCAGAUGAGCCGGGUGAAGAUGGGCGCGAAGCACGAGUACGAGUAUCUGGCGAAUUAUAAAGUGCUGCAGAACUUCUUCAAAGCCAAACGGAUCGACAAGCCCGUGCCGGUCGAGAAGCUCGUAAAGUGCAAGAUGCAGGACAACCUAGAAUUCAUGCAAUGGAUAAAGCGCUUCUGGGACCAAAACUACCCCGGCACGCCCUACGACGCCAUCGGCCGCCGAAAAGGCCAAGUCGCAGACACGCCCGCCACCAUCGCGCCGCUCGCGCCCUCGCGCGGCACGCCCUCCGCCGGCGGCCUCGGGCUCGCCGCACGCGGGAAGACGCCCGUCGGCGGCCCGCGGUCGGCGAGCUCGGCGGCCGUGGCGCACGAGCAGGUGUUGAAUCUGCAGGCGCAGGUCAGGGAGAUGUCGACGCAUUUGGAGGGGCUGGAGAAGGAGCGCGAUUUUUAUUUUGCCAAGUUGCGCGAUAUCGAGAUCUUGGUGCAGGCUCAGCUUGAGCCGAUGGAGGCGGAGGGUAAGGAUGACGAGACGUUACGUGCGAUCCAGCAGAUCUUGUACUCUACCGAGGACGGAUUUGAGGUACCGGAGGGCGGCGUCGCAGCAGACGAGGAGGAGACGUUUUGA